GAGGGUAACAUUGAAAAAAUGGCUGAUUUGUUGGUUUGGCGAAACCUCUUCAACUCUAUAUUUGUUUAGUGCUAACGUGUGGAUUAUUUUAAUUGAUUUAGUAUUGUAAUCAUGUCAUUUUCGGAUUUAUAUGCUAAAUAUAAUUGCAAUUACUGUCAAGAAGAAAUAAAUGGAAUUCGUAUAAGAUGUGCUGAGUGUAUAGAUUUUGAUAUCUGCUUGCAGUGUUUUUCUCUCGGUGCUGAAAUAGGUUCCCACAAAAAUGAUCAUUCAUAUCAGUUUAUGGACUCUGGUGCCUUUGGUAUAUUUUUGGGACGUAAUAGUUGGUCCGCAAAUGAAGAAGUGAGACUUUUAGAUGCUAUUGAACAAUUUGGUUUUGGAAACUGGGAAGACAUAGCUAAACAUAUUGAAACACGAACGCCUGAAGAGGCAAAAGAUGAAUAUAUCACAAGAUAUUUGGAAGGUUGUAUUGGACGAGCUACAUGGGGCACUGUGGAGAGUACAUCCCGGCCAUCAUUACAUUGUGCUGACAGAGAUGAAGGACCACUUGGCCCAAGUGCAGUGUCACGUCUUCCACCCCUUGCGAUUACUGCUGAUGAAGCUACACAACUAGGUUAUAUGUCUAACAGAGAUGAUUUUGAAAGAGAACAUGAUCAUGAAGCAGAACAGCUGAUAUCUGCUUUGUCUCUCAACUCUGAGGAUGAUGAACUAGAUGUUGCUUUAAAACUCUCACAAGUGGACAUUUAUACGAGGCGUCUCAGAGAGAGGACGAGAAGAAAAAGACUAGUUCGUGAUUAUCAACUAGUUUCUUCGUUUUUUAACAAUCAGAGAAACAAACAGAGAACGUUAGGGAAACUUGCCAAAGAGAAAAAGGAAUUCACGGAGCGGCUGCGCUGGACGGCGCAGUUCUACGGGCGCGCGGAGCAGGCGGGCGUGGUGGCGGGGCUGUGGCGCGAGCGCGAGCUGCGCGUGCGGCUGGCCGAGCUGCACCGCUACCGGCUGGCCGGCGUCACGCGCCUCGAGGAGUGCGCGCACUACGAGCAGCACGCCGCGCAGCGCAAGCACCCGCACGCGCACCUGCUGCACGUGAGGCCCCGCCCGCUGGGCAGCAGUGGGUGCCUGGACACCAAUCAGACAAAAGAGCAAACGCAGACCAGCACGCAGCAGCAAAGAAAAAGAGAAGGAGAAAGCGGCUCAAGUUCCACCAGCCCAAGGUCCACACGGGACGGAAGUAUCGCAUGUGGAUGCUCCAAAAAGAGCUCAUGCAACAACAGCAACGGCGGAUGCUCGAGGCAUCUGCUGACCAAUAACGAAAUUCAGCUAUGUACUUCGCUGAGUCUAGCACCAGCGCAAUACGUGACCAUUAAGGGAGUGCUACUGAGGCGACCGCCCGCUCCCGACUCGGAAAUCGACCUCGCCAUCCACCACUACCUGCACGCCGCCGGCUGGAUACGUAACUAGCUUAUUGUACACCAGUUGUUUUCCGCGGUUUUGUCUGCGUAAAUCAGUACAGUAGAAUCUCGAUUAUCCGAAGCAAAUAUAACCAGGGGUAUUCUGUAUAUUCUGGAUAAUCGAUUUAAAAGUCUAAUCGAAUAAUAAUAAAAUUUUUAUAUUUCCUUUAUUAUGUAAAGCGUUUUACAUACGUCAUUUUGAUAAUACGAUAUAAAAAAAAAACUAGGAUCUAUAAAGAUAAUGGAUUACAUAAUACCAUUUUUAAAUCGGUAAUUAGAGCUGUGAAGAAUAAGUCCGGAUAAUCGAUCAUACGGAUAAUCGAACAUACGGAUAAUCGUUGUUCGGAUAAUCGAGAUUCUACUGCAUAUAAGUUAGGAUACAACCUACCCGUAUACCAAGUUUCAUUCAAAUCUCCUCAGCUGUUUAAGCGGGAUUGAGUAAAAUACAAUUUAACAUCUUUAUAAACUCACAUUUAUAAUGUUUGUAGGAUUAGGGUGAGUAUGGCCUCGAGUAUGAUUAUGUAACAUAAUGUUAACAAGUAACGAAGUAGCAUACCCUAGCGAGAUCACUUUGUUAACCCACCCUGUUACGAUUCUGAGAUAUACAUUACUGUAAAUGAUAAUGGCAAUUAUUUGAUAAAAUUUAGUUUUAUUAAUCUUUCGAUGCGAAUCCACGCUAAGGUUGUGACAGAUAUUAGAAUAAAUUUUGUAUUAUAUUGUAGCGAGGAAUUACAACAAAAAAGGUAACAGCCCCCUCUCCCCCGAGACAAGUAGCGAACGAAUUUAUCGGUAGAUAUAUUUUUGUUAUCGUACGUACUUGAAAGAGUAAGAUGCCAGGCAUUGCUGUCUCGUUCUCGUUAUAUAUCAUAUACGCGGCAGCGGUAACGUAUCGUUUGCUGUAGUCUUUCAAUAGAAUUUAAUAAAAUAAUUUUCCGUUUUUUUUUUUUGAAAUUAUCACAGAUACGCUAUAAAUGAAAUUAGUAAUAAAUUAACCAAAGGGAGACUUUGUACGAAGAAAGUCGUUUGCUUGGACACCUUUGUCCCAUUUUGAGUUUUUAUCGUGAAGCAGUUGUGUUUGCAUGGCUGUGUUUCGGUUUGAACGGUGGGAUAUGGCAGUGAAUUUACAGGGUACAGAGGAAUAACACCUCAGUCUGCAGGGAUGGCAACACAUGGGGAGUAUCAUGGGCGAAAUAGUAUACUUUGUUAAGUCCUUGGUACUGCUCAUGUCUAUAGGUGACGGUGACCACUUUCUAUUAGGUGAGCUGUCAGCUUUUACGCCAUUCUAAAUUGCAAAAAAAAAAAAUCGGAAAAUGGGAACAGUUAAUCAAUUUGUAAUUUGCAUUAUUGUUUUUUUUUAUACCACUGAGGUGGCAAACAAGCAUACGGCCCACCUGAUGGUAAGUGGUUACCGUAGCCUAUGAACACCUGCAAUACCAGAGGUAUUACGCGUGCGUUGCCGACCCUGAAGAAACCUCUUUACCCCCCUUUUGAAGACCUUUUUGGUUGAUAGCAGACUGUCUUAUGGUAUGGUCAAUUAUUCAUUUAUGUUUUUAUUAGUUCUAUUGAAAGACUAUACUUGACUACGGGGGCAGAAUAGUAUUGUAGUUAUUUAUUCAUGUAAUGUGCAUGUAGUGUGAUUGGUUGUACGCAGUGUUUAUCGUUUCAUUACAAAAUACUGAAAUAGUGAGAUAAUUUUUGUUUUAACAAGUCGAAAAGUGACUCCAAAACAUAGGUAUGAUGAUUAAAAGACUUAAAUUAAACAUUAAAGUAUAGAUGUAACAUUCUCAAAAUACAAACUGAAGCCAUUGUUUUGAGUAUUUGUGUUAGGAAAUAUUGUAUUUUUUUAAAUAUUUUAUUUAAAAAAAAAAUAUAUCAAUGUCCUUCAAAAUGAGACCAGGAAAUAAUAUUGAGAAUAAUGUUUUUUUUUUUUUUUUUUUAUUAAUGUAAGGUGUUUUUGAAACUAAUUGCUGGCAACACCAUGGCAUUAAAAAUAAUUGUUUUGAUUGGCAAAUAAUAAGCAUGGUUGUUGGCGCAAAUGUGUGUAUGAGCGAGUGUAUUUAUUUAAUUGAGCUUGGUUUUGUGGCGUCACUGUUAUUGUGCGCAGAGAUUCGUCUAUACUUUUUUGUUCGUGUGUAAAGAAAAAAUAUGUUUUAAACUACCAUAGAUAAAUGGAGUUUAAUAAGGUUUUAGAUAUUGGGUAUUAUUUAUUAAAUAGUUUUAUACUUUCCUUAUAAUUCAAAUGAAUAAUUGAGUAAUCGGGCAAUAAUAGUUAAUUAAUCAGUAAUAGUUGCUUAGUUUGUCAUAUAAAACAGCGUUAUAUUUUUUAAAUUGUAACAAAAUGAAAUGUUGUAUAAUAAUGUUGCCUCAACUAAGUCUUGGUCUAACAAUCAAACUAGUUCUAAUUGUAUUUUUUAGUAUAUGGAAAUGCAUUUUAAAAUAUUGUACCUUUUUCGUUCUAAAGGUCUAGCAGUACAUUAGAUAACUAAAUAAAAAAAAAAAAUCGAAUACGAAGUAUAUGCAUCAUCAGAUCUCUGAAGCACGUUACAGGUCGCAGAGCUUAAUAACGCUACUUCACAAAAAGUAACAAUAACUAAGAUUUAUGUAAAAUAGUAGUUAAAAGGAGUUAAACCUAGACUGACCUAAGUUCUGAAAGACUUUUGAACUGAACUUUAUGUAUGAGAUGAAUUAUAAGAAUGAAGGAAUGACGAAUUAAUAAGUUAAAGUUGAAGCAAGAUGUCUGUAAGGAUCGAGUCCUCUGGCCAUUUAUGGCUCGAUCAAUGAGACAGAUCAUACUUAUAAUGUAAAUGUUUAUAAGUAAUUGUUUAAAAGUAAAUGUAAAAUCUUCUAGCAAUUUAACAGAAAUAAGUUAAUUUACCUGAAUUUAUAUUUAUUAUUAUAAUUUACAAUUUAUUAUUAAUCGGUAUAAUGAAAAUAGUUUAUAAAAAUUGCUUACAGAGACUUUUUGGGGAAAAUGUUAAGUUUCAUUAAUAAAACAUUUCGAUUUGGAAAAUUAUUUUCUUAUUCUGAAAGGAUAUACUUACAGAUUGGUCCCAUGGAAAUUUGAUUAAAAAAUCUGUUUAGUUUUUUAGUUUUUAGAUCAAAUUAACUAAUUUUGUCACAAUUGAAGUUGGUUUCUUUUUGGGACACAAUCUUUAUAUAGUAGCAUAUUAUACUCGGGUAAAAUAUUCUAGGUCUGCUUUGUUCGAUGCGUUGUCACUGAGUCGAUAGUAAAAUAUCAGACUUUAAUGUUGCAUCAUUUAUAUUGUACUUGUAAUAAAGGCUGUGUUAGUAUUCUAUAUUACAUUUUAAAGAUUCUGUAUUAUAGAAUGUAUUUAAUGAAUUUUUAUGAAUAUGCAUGCAUAGCGUCAAGCGACGGCACGGGACUUAAGGUGAUAAAUUACCAGUCUUUCUGUCAUAUUAAUAAGGUUGAUUUUAAACAAACAUUGAUCAGUAGCAAUGGGCUUUAUAGUUAUUAAUAUAAAAAAAAAUUAAGUUUAUUGUCACGUUGUUCUUGAUAUUAUCUCCUAUCGUGCCGUGCUGACGGUGGACGUUAGUUCUAAAGGAGCGAAGGGAAUAGAGGGGAAUAUUUUAGUAUGUCGACGUCAACGGAACAAUGAAAAUCAAACUGUAAUCUAUUUCAUAAUUCAAGACAGUAAUACUUUAUUAAAAUUAUGUUUAAAACCAUAUCUAUAUGAGAAAGAUUGAUCUUGAGGUUACGUUCAGGCUCUAUAAUUGGAUUCUGAUAAAUAUCUUUCAGCCAAUUUAUUAAGAUAGAACAUUAUAUAUUUUUUAUAAUUUUCUAUGACUAUGUUCCGAGUUUAUACAAGACCGGUUUUAGAAGUUGUAGAGUAUGUAAAUUAAAAUAUAGCGGCCAACGCUUGAAAAAUGGAUUACUAUAUUCGAAUUGGAUAGCUUGAUGGGCAUAUAACGAAAUUCCGUUAAACAUAGCUCGUAAAGAAAUAUCUAAAUUAUCUAUGAUCGAUAGAUUAAUCGAUAUAUAGACCAUCAAUUAUCCUUUAAUUAUAAUAUUAAAGGAUGAUUCAAGGUCAUUGAUGUGUGUAGAACAAUAUUGAUAUGUCGACGUUGAUUGCAAUCUAUGCGCAAUAUAUGCCUGUGCAAACGAGGGACGUUUCGUCCGCGGAGGAUAAAGAUCGAUUGUUGAUAGAUCACUGAAAAAGAAGUUCAAAUACACCCUUUUUAAUGGGGUUCAGUUUUCCGCACCAAAUGUUAGUGGAAUUAAAAUAAUUACGAUACUUAGUGAGUGCGGCCAAUCGUUAAGAGUAGAACAUUCUUUUUUCCGUUGAUCGCAUUCAUGCACCAUACCGUCUGUUUUCGCUUACGAUGGUGUGGUGACAUGUCGUCCUUGUAAUAAUAAUAAUAAAGCAGAUAAUAGGGAAAUCCGUAAAAUAACACGUAAUUCAGUAUUUUUUUUACGAAACCGCGUCCUAGUACAUGUAAAAUUAUAUUAUGACGGGCAAAAUUAUACGAAGUCAAAAUAUUCGGCCUAAUCAAGAAAAUAAACACAAAAUCAUAUUUUUAUUUUUCCCCGUAAUUACCAUCAAUUUUUAUGCACUUUUGCCACCCUUUUCCAUCAAAGUAUUCCAACCGUUGAAAAAAAAAUUGUUACUUAGAAUCAAAAUACGCGUCUACUGCUACUUGGACCUCGUUGUUUGUCAAAAAUUUCUGAUAUCCCGAUUGCUUUUUUAGGUUAGAGAACAGAAAAGUCUGAUAGUGCUAUAUUAGAUGAAUCAAGCGGGUGCGGUAACAUUUUAAAGCCACAGUGAUAAAUUUGAGUCAUUGAUUGCACAGUUGUGUUAACAUGGGCAUUAUUGUGACGAAGCAGGACUUUUCGUAUGAGUAUUACUAGACAUUUUUCUUUUGUUUCCACGCCUGAAUGACGUAGUAAGGCGCAAUAGUAAUUGAAAUUUAUGGUCUUACCUUUUUGUAUAUUUGUAUAUAUGUAGAUAAUCAACUAUAAUCACAUUCUUCACACAGUCCUAGAAUACUGAAGUCAUCACCUUAUUUGCCAAGAAAAACGAUUUAACCUUUUUAAGAUAUGGUUAACUUUUUUUUUCCACUGUUUUGAUUUUUUUUUUAUUACCAGUGUACUGUGAUGAACCCAUGUUUCGUCCAUAGUAAUGAAACGAUUCUUGAAUUUAUCUGGUUCAUCUUUAAAUAGCUCCAAACAGACGCGUUAUAUAGUCGCAUUUUUUUUCUAUUGAAAGUAGCCGCAGGUACUACCUCGUUAAUACCUUAUAGAAAGUCGACUCGUUGAUUUCGAAUUCCUGUUUUGGAUUCCUUCAUAAGAGAUGACUAUAAUCUUGGCUAUCUAUCUAAUUUCUCACUCACUCCUGGUGUUGUAAACGUCCAUAGGCUAUAGUGACCGUUUAACAUCAGACUGGUUGUAUGCUUGUUUGUUAUCUUCGUGGUAUAAAAAUCCUCUAUGGUCUUCCAUGAUUAAAUCAAUAUCAAUAUUUACAUCAGAAGUGGCCGUCGAAGGCUUUCCAGAGCGGGGUUCGUUUUUCGCACUCGCUCUACCACGCUCCAAUUUAGUUUUUUAAAGGAUAAAUAUGACAGAUCGGAAUUCCCUAAUGUAUUGACUAUAUUCAUCUUGAAUGGUCUCUGGCGAUAACCUCUUUUUGCUUUCUUAUGAAGAUAUUUAAAAACAGCUCGCUGCUCAAUUUGUUUCAUUUGCGAAAAUUACGUUGAAAUGUUUGACAAAUAUAUUUAUAAAGUCACAACUAAUUAUAGCACACGUUUUGAACUUUGCACAGUUAACUAAACUGAACUAAAUAAUGGGUUAAUUUGGUCUUUCAAAAUUUCAAAACAGGCCGAGUAUUUUUUUUUAUCCACCUUCGUGUACACAGAUUCCACGUUUGCACAACGCUUUAAAGGGUGUUUGCCCUCAUAUUAAUGAAGAAACAAUGUGUAAUUCACUCUACAAUUCAGUCCCGCUCCAUUUAUUCUCGAACUGUUUGUACUGACCAUACCGAGAGUGGAGCGACAGCAAACCGAUACCGGCCUAUAUGGUCCGGCCUUAUGUGUAUUGAUUACAGACAAAUACACGGUUGUGUAUAUCUUUUUGUUUUCGUUUAAUUUGAUCUCUUAUAGUUUAAAUUGUCUGCAUUUGUAGUGUUUUAACAAUAAUAUGUAGAUAUGUUGUCUCAAGUUAUUUUUCUUGAUGGAAAUGAUUACAUUUGUAUGAAUGAGUUACGUGAUAAAAGUUUUUACUAUUUCUUUUAGCUUUUUAAGUUUUUGUCUAUUGAUUUUUUUUUUCAUUUUAUUGUAAGUGUAUGUAGCCAGCAUCUGAUAAAUUUUAUUAUAGAAAUGAUAAAUAUGUUUAAAGCAAUUGUUGUAUUAUUUAAUCACUUAUAUAUUGUAAUGCUGAACAUAUUUGUUAUUUCCAGAAAUUUUGUGUUUUGUGAAAUUAUUAUUUUAAAAUUUGUUAAAGUUAGAUUGUGACAACACUAUUUAUUGUUAUAUUUAGUAUGUUAGUACUUUCUUAGAGUAAACUCUUAUGAAAUUCUAUGCUUUUUAAUCCCAGGGUAUGUAGUUAGUAGCAUUAGAAAAAAUAAAUAAAGGCAUGGUAAUUUAAUGGGUAUUAAUAUGAAUUACGCAAACUGAUAGUAUUAAAUUCUUUCUAUGGCUUAUUUUUUAUGUUUCUUAUUUUUUAAUUCAAUAUGUAUUUUCUGGUAUUGUAAAAGUAACACUUAGGUGUGUUUACUUUUUGUGUUUAACUGUAGGUAUGUACGUAUAUAUUUGUAUAUAAACUGAUUAUUGGGAAUAAGGAAAUGGGCUCUUAAAGUUUAAUUUUUAGAUUUUUGUCAUCAAAUCUAACUUUAACUUUCUUAUAAUCGCCAAACGAAAUAUUGUAGUACCUAAUGUUAUAUAGCUAUAGUAUUUUAGCACAAAUGUAUAUAAAUAAAAUAUGAGAGUACAAUUAGUGAUUGUAAUUAUUGUUUAAUUUAAAUAACUUCAAUAAAAAUCUAUUUUAAU